AUGACAAUUCCCACCAAGGGAAGCAAAGGUGGAUACGAACGCAAACCACGAAAUAAACCCAAGGAAGAUCGUUACGAGUACAAGGGCUCAACGUCUCGAAUACAACGGAAGCAAUCGCCGAUAAAAGCGAAAAAGUCAUUAAAGCAAGUUAGAAGACGUACGAUCAAUGACAAUUUCCAUGCUUCCAAUGUCCCACGAGAUCGAUUGACACUGCAUUCGCACCUAGGUCUGGGUAUCUUCAGAAGAGGGAAAACCUCAUCACCAGUGAAAGUCGGCGAGCUUCGAAAUUUUCCCCAUUUCUCCAGCAUUCGCAAGCUGGUAAACCGAGGUCGAGUGCCUGAGAAGGGGUUCUCAGAGAUAAGAUUCUUGAGCAAAAAUUUACGGAGCGAUAGCGAAAAAUGCACAAGCCAUCAGAGUCCGAACAAAAACAGGAAGACCCGAGCAAAUCCCGAGGAUUCUCAACUACUCAUUUCGAACUUUCCACUGGGCUCACUCGAAGAUGAGGCUCGCAUGCAGGGUUUUGAGAUGGAGGCAAGCGGUACCUCGUUGCAUUCAUCAAACUUACAGCCACAAUCCCCAGCAGACUGCAGCGUGCGCAACACUGCAGCGAAGAGGCAUGCUGCUGUUGCCGUUCAAUCUCCAGCUGAUCAGUGUAAGCACUCCGGGGCGUACCAUCCUGAUUUUCAAGGGUACGAAGCCCCUCUGUCAUCAACACCUAUCAGUAUUUCAUGCAAUGAACAUGCCACAUUCUUGUUUGAAAGCUGGUCAAAAUUUUACAUGAAACAGCUUCUACAUUUUGAUUUGAGCUCACAAGACAAGGACAAAGAAGAGUCUACCCAUUCAGGCAGAGAGUACUGGAGCUUGGAGGACCUGAAGCUCCUGCUAGAGGAGCGAGAGAAGUUUCGGCAACAAGAGACGGGGGUCCAGGUUGUGUCAGAGAGUUCACUCUCAGGUAGCAGACGCAACAGUCGCAAAGCAAGCUCUAUCUAUGACGUGGAGGACGCUGAUGAAGACCAUUUAAAGGAACGCAAACAAAUGGUGCUAUUGGAAAAGAUGGGAAAUAGUUUCGUUGAGGAUAACGCAAGCCUUGAUACGAAGUUUAUCUUUCCAGGGCACCUUGAUAAGGGUCUCAACAACGAGCCAGAUUUUCACCACACAUCUAAUACACCUCUAGCGAGACGCAAGCAGACGACGCUGGGUAAAUCGAGCAACGCUGGCGCGAAGGAAGAAUUUGACUCCUGCUCCGAUACGUGGAAAUGCCCCGAGCAUCCUACCAAAGCCCAAGAUGAGCGCUUCUUCUCCGCGGUAUUUCAAGCCGGACCGUUUGAACAAGAGGCCGACCUCCAGCUCGCUUCAGGAGCAGGAAGGGAUAAAGUUGAUGACCACAUGGUCAUGUUCUUUGCUGAGGAACCUCAACUUCAUGAUGGUAUCUAUGAUUACUUUGCCACACAGGCACUCGGUGCGGCAGCACAUGACGCGAUCACGCAUCCAGAGGAAGAUACUUUGGAAUGUGUGUCGGACUAUGCAAUGCGGAUUCCUCUGGGUGCUGACAGUUUCGAAGACUACCCGGUGUUUCAAAGCGUCCUCCCAAGUCGAGUCCUGGCGGAUAAAGCAUCACUAUAUUGUCCAUGGGACGCUGCACCAUAUCCGUCGCAUGGCGUUCUAUCCUCGCAUGAGACGAUGGAGCGGGCAUCGGAUGUCCGGGCCGUGAAGCGAUGUAGCAUGGAACUAGGUUUAAUUGAUAUACCCAGGGAUUUUUGGCGGCAGAAUAGGUUAUAUUGA